AUGGGCGUCAUGUUCCUCCCGAGCAAGAUCCCCCCCAAGCGGCCGCCUCCCAUGGACUACGACUCUGAAGACUCUGACGACGAUAUGGGUAUGGGUGCGGCGGGCUGCGGCGGGUCUGGUGCCGCCUCGCCGGCGCCGUUCUCUUGCGACCCGGAGGGCGCGCUGUUCCGCCUGCGGCCACUGAGCUACCGCUGCCCCGAUCAGGCGCCGGCCGCCAGGCUCAAGACGCUGCCGCUGGGGCUGCUCCCAUUGCCGCACCAGCUGCCAGCCCCCCCUCACGAGUACUCGAGGACCUACGGGUACCGCGUCGUGGACCGGCCGUGGGUGUGGAACCGCAACCUCCCCAAGCCCGACAUCUUCGGAAAGACCGUCCAGCUCGCCAAGGAGAAGAAGUGACGGGCUGGCUGGUGUCUCGAGAAGCAAGCCCACUCACAUGUGGGAGGUCAAGAACCCGCUGCUACCGCGGUGUUUCUUGUGUUGACAGUAGGGGGGGGGGGGGGGGGGGGCUACGUAACCCUUCCGCCCCCCUCCCCCUGCCAGGUCGGUCGGUGGGUGUGUUGGGAGGAGACUGAGCUCAUCCGCAACAAGUGGACCACGCUACGCCGCCGGUGAUAGUCCUACGCAAAAAUAAACAAAGAAAAAGGGACGAAGAUGUGAGGGCAACGCGAAAAACAAGCGAAAGCGCCAUCAUGCGCGAUGUGAGAAGGAAGGACCGAGAUGUAAGGGCAACGCGAAAAAGAAAGCGAAAGCACCAUCAUGCGCGAUGUGAUCAGCCUCUGCCAAAGAAAGUAGAGACGGCAAAAGGUCAAGCUACUCCCCCAUUCAUGGAAGGUGCGUCGUUCAUGCGCUCACAACAAAGGCGUCGACAGCAGUGGCGGACCAGAGCAAGUUACGGCGCACAACGACGGGCUCGAAACAUCGGGGGGUUGUCGUCAUUCCGGCAGACGACCCGACUUGUCGUGGUGUCGUUCGUUGGCGAGCGAGCUCUGCCGUAGAGUCGACAAAACUGUAGUAUAACAAAAUGUAGAGUACGUUUGUGUGCUUAGCUUGACACGAGCAUGCCGUUUCUUUAUUCUUCUUGUGUGUGCUGUGCAAUUAGUGCAAUUAGUGUGUACAACACGGAUUAGCGAGUAGUGGUGUUUUCGCACUGGCUUUUGCGUAGCUCUGGUGGAAAUUGCCGAGCGUGUGUAGUUGAUGUUGUUGCCACCCAGUGUUCAAGGGCACAAUAGGAUGCACCUGGAAGACUUGUGUUAGGUUUGCGAGUGGCACAUAAGGCCAAAUGUGGGUUGGUUCGUCUUUCUUCUGUCUCAAUUCUGUGUCCUACGACGGUACUUGAGAGCUACUGUAACCUUGGGCGUAACAGCCCCACACUAGACUAGAAGCCGACGUUAUUGACUCCGGCCGGAUUGUUGUGCUUUGAGUGUUUCGCGCCGUGGUUUGGGACUGACGGUAGAUACGCAACUGUCGUGUGCGUGUCUCUUUGUCAUCGUGUGUGCGUCUUUGUUGUCAGCAUCGACCGCGCUAACCGGUUGGACGAAAUAAUGUUCUGGGAGUGUUCUCUCGAGUGCUGCAGUGUUCAAUAGAAUUGUUUAUUUGUUACGUAAAAGCCGCAGAGUUUACAGCUUAACGUUUAUCACAAGCUUUCGUCUAUUUUUCACUCUCCCCAGAGGGACGGACGGCAUGUGCUGUAUGCGAGCGGAGGGUUCUGUCGCGUGAGCGUUAGUGUGCGCGUAGCAAGUGCGGGCAUAAAAUUGUGUGGUGUGGUCUGUGCAGUACUAGUAGCUCAAGAAAAAGGAGAGGGUUUAUUCAACGAUGGUCAUGUGGUCGCGGUUGUACUGAUGAAAUGCGUAUUUGCCGUCUCUGGCCCGUCUUGCUUUGUUCAAGCGGCCGAGGAGCUUGCGCUUCCUUCAGUGGAACCUCGUGGCCUACAGGAUGACUGCAAUCGUACAGCAGUAUCGACUGCGCUCACCGGCUGACCACAAAGACCAGUCUCUUGUAUUAUCUGAUUUGUCUGUAUGUGCACUUGUGUUUGUCAAACGUCAUACGCGGACGAUCCUCACGAAGGGCUCUUGUUUGCGCUAUCGCACGGACUCUACUUGUGGUGUGUCGUCGAAUCAAGUUGGUGCCUGCGCUCGGUCUGAUGAUGAUGCUGUUUUUGCGUUGGGAGAGAGGUGGCGGCGCAUUGUUCUCGGCGGUGCUGCGCCAGCGGUUCAUCUCUUGUCUCGUGCGGCGUGCGUCGUGUAGGUGUUGUGUCUUUUUUUGCGUGUAUUCGUCCUUGCAUUGCUGCUACGGCACGUGUGUGUUCAGUACGUUCGGUGCGUGAGUUGUGUAUGGUAUGCAUAUCCCAUCGAGUCGACUUGUGCUUUCGUGAGGCGUCCGGGUGGCAAGUUGUCUCUGUAUGCUCUCCUCAACUUCGAGAGCAUCGACCGCGACGCUAAUCAGCCGACCAAAUGAAAACGUCAGCUUACACGAUAGCGGGACAGAGGUGUGUGUGUUUUGUGUUCUUCGUCUAGGAGCAUGUUGGCGGCGUACAGCAAUGUUAUCUCACGGCGUAGGUGGAGUGUUGAUGCCGUGUAGCGUGCAAUGUGCAAACGUUGCUAGCUUUUCUGAAGAUCGUUGGU